UUAAUUACCUCAUGUUUUCAGAUAAUCUUGGAAGUGAUAUUUGUCGUCCCAAAAUGGGUUCGCGCUUUUUUACCCGACCCGAGAACGCAAUCAGCAAAGCUGAAGAGUUUAUGAAAGUUGGCAAGCCGAACAAGGCACUUGAUACUCUCUACGAUGUUAUCAAAUCAAAGAAGAGAAAUCACAACUACUCAGAGAAGCUUAUCGAGGAGAUCAUGUACAAGUACCUGGAGCUCUGUGUUGACCUCAAGAAGUCCCAUAUCGCCAAGGAGGGUUUGUUCCAGUACAGGAACAUGUGUCAGAGUGUUAACGUUGCCUCACUCGCCGCUGUCGUUCAGGGUUACCUGAGUUUGGCCGAGAAAAGGACGGACUCUGCCCGGCAGGAGAGCGUGGAUAAGGUUGAGGUUGAUGACCUGGAUAUUCUCGCUACACCGGAGAUGAUCAUGCUCUCUGCUGUAUCAGGAGAAGGAGCCCAGGACAGAUCUGACCGGACUAUUUUGAUGCCCUGGGUCAAAUUUCUGUGGGAAUCCUACUGCCAGUGUUUAGAGCUGCUCAGGACGAACUCCCGAGUAGAGAGAUUAUACCACAAUAUUGCCCAGCAGGCCUUCAAGUUCUGCCUCAAAUACCAGAGGAAAACCGAGUUUAGGAAACUCUGUGAUAAACUUAGAAAUCAUCUUGAGCUUAUCAUCAAACAGCUGAACCCAACUCCAAACUCAAUAAACUUGAACAACUCUGACACCCAGCAGAUGAACCUCGAUACCAGACUAGCUCAGCUCGACGUUGCCAUCAACAUGGAGCUCUGGCAGGAGGCUUACAAGGCGGUUGAGGACAUCAAUAACCUUAUGUCCUUAAGCAAGAAGGUGUUCCCGCCCAAGAUGAUGGCAAACUACUACUUGAAGCUGGCCCUGGUCUUUUGGAAGUCUGGGAAUUUUCUGUUUCAUGCUGCAGCGGUGUUCAAGCACUUCCAGUUGACCCGGGAGAUGAAGAAGAACCUGUCAGCUGAUGAGCUGGCGAGGAUGGCGAGCAAGGUCCUGGCAGCUUGCCUCUGUGUUCCCUUGCCUAGCCAGCAUCCAGAGUUUGACAGGUUUAUCGAGACAGAUAGAUCCCCUGCGGAGAAAAUGGCUAGAUUAGCAGUCCUCUUGUCCCUGGCUCAACCCCCCACUAGGGUUUCCCUGCUGAAGGACUGUGUCAGGUUCGGAGUAGUUUCUGCAGCAUCAACUGAACUACAGGACCUGUACAACUGGCUGGAGGUAGACUUUAACCCACUCAGCCUUUGCAAGAAAGUUGACGACAAGUUGAAGAGUUUUGAGAGUACUCCAGAUUUUGCUUCCUUGGUUCAAUAUGCUCCUCCCUUGAGAGACAUGACUCUUGUCCGUCUUCUUAAACAGGUAGCCCAAGUAUACCAGACAUUGACCAUCUCCAGGCUCCUCGAGCUCGCCUCCUUCACCUCCCACCAGCACAUGGAGCGCCUUAUUGUGGAGUGUGCCAGGAACAACGAUAUGCAGGUCCGCCUGGAUCACAGAACCGGAAGUGUGAGGUUUGGAACAGAUCUCAGUGAGUCCCAGAGAACUGAUCUACCAGAAGGUCCUCAUGUGCAAUCCAUGCCUAGUGAGCAAAUUCGUACCCAGCUGAUGAGAAUGAUGGUCUCUCUAGACGGAGCAAUCCAAACUAUUCAUCCAGAAAGGAAUGUAGUUGAGAAUGCUGAACUAAGGAAAAGAAUUGUCGAGGCUUAUCAUCAAUGCAAAUCAAGAGAUCAUCUUAGGCUUUUGGCGCGUCAUGACAUCAUUGAGAAGCGCAAAGAAUGGCUGGAGAACUGCAACAAGGAGCAACAGAAGGAGAAGAUGAAACAGCACGAGCUGAGAGAGAGGGAAAAGAAGAAGCAGGAGGAGGCCAGGUUGAAGGAGGAGUGGGAUAAGAGGGAGAGAAGGAGGAAGGAGGAGGAGAUCAGGGAUAUCCAGGCCAAGCAUACUCAGGACAAGAUAGCCCAGCUCAAGAAUACAGAGUUCGGCAAGAAGGUGUUGGAUAAACUGGACGAGGAGGAGAUUGCCAAGAUGGACGCCGACGAGAUUAUGGCGAGGCAGGUCGAGGAGCUUGAGAAGGAGAAGAAGGAACUACAGGUUCGGCUGAAGGCCCAGGAGAAGAAGGUUGAUCAUAUGGAGCGCGCUAAACGUCUUGAGGAGAUCCCCUUGCUGAAGGAGCAGCACGAGGUGCUGAAGCUAGAGAGGAAGGAGGUGUGGGAGGAGCAGGAGCAGGAGAGGAUACUGAAGGAGAAGGAGCAGAGAGAGAAGGAUGUAGAGAACAAGAAGAGAAUGAUCAGGAUGACCGAAGAGAAGAACAUGUAUCUCGAAGGGCUCAUCAAGGAGAGAAAGAACGUGUUUGAGAAGAAAGCCAAGGAGUUUGAGGGAUACCUGAAGGAGGAGCGAGCCAAGAGACUUGAACAGAGGAAGGAGGAACGAAUGGAGGAGAGACGAAGAAAAUGGAUAAUUGCGCAGGAGGAGGAGAUGCAGAGGAGAGCUGAUGAGGAAGCGAUCAAGAAGAGGGAGGAGGAGGAGGAGAGGAAAAAGAGGGAGGACGAGGAGGAGGAGAGGAGGAAGAAGGAACAGGAUGAGAUUGCAGAUCGUAUGAGAAGGAAGGAAUUGGAGAUUGAAGAGAAGCUGGAGAGGGAGAAAAGGGAAAUGCGGGAGAAGGAUGCGGCGGAGAGAGCUUAUAAAGUUCGAGAUGAAGGUGGAGCCUUGAGAGGUCCCGGAGGAGGUUCCGGCGGAGGUACCAGCUGGAGAGACAGAGAGAAGAAAAAGGAGGCAGAGUGGGGACCCGUGAAUCGUCGAGAUGAUCGGGAUCGAAGAGACGAUGACGAUCGGAGAGAUGGGCGCGGUGGAAGUCCACCCAGGCGAGGAAGUCAUCUAAGACGCGGUGGAAGUCCUAGACGCGGCGGAAGCCCUCCUAGACGAGGUGGAAGUCCCGACAGAAAUUGGAGACGUGAUGCUCCCCCAAGAUCUCCUGAUCGCCGUGGUGGAUUAGGCCGGGAUGACGAUCGAGGACCAAGAAGAGGUGAUCGUUUCAUGCGUCGAGAUUAUGAUGACAGAGUACCACCAAGACCGACCGAAGACUCAUGGAGAAGUUUUCCGGUUAGGGACGAUCGUGGUUCUGUCAGAAGUGAUCGCGCACCGCGGCAUGACGAAGGAGGUGAUUCCUGGAGAUCUGGCAAGUCUGAGCCUCGCCGUGAUGAUCAUCCUGGUCCACCACGUGACGCUCCCCGCCCCUCUACUCGUCCCGGUCCUGAAUCCGAUGAAUGGACCACGGUCAAGAAGCAUUAGAUCGGACUGCCCACCUCAAUUCUCAUCGGACGAGAAUAGCAUUUUCGUCCAUAUUGACGAGCUAAAAACAUCCAAAUUGUCAAAUGGCUAAACGAGCGGGAGAAAAUAUUAGAAUGUCUCCCGGGCUCUCAGGACUAGUUAUCCCAAUUCUAUGUAUGGUGUUGGAUAAAUUAAAGUGUGAAGGAUCAGGGUUGGGCCGGAGUAUUUUUAUAAUACUCUGCUCCCUACUCCUCAUCCUAUUCUCCUACAGUUAUAUCUCUUCAAGGACGUUAAAAGCAGAAUUAUUAUUUACUCCAUGUCGGAAAGGAAAAGAAAACCUCCCAACGCGAGGCCUCGGAAAAAAGUUUACUCUGGCAUGGUUGUGUGAUUUAACCUUAUUUUGUAAUCGAAUAUUCAGAAUAAAUUAUCAUCCUCGUAAAAAUACCGAUGUCAUUGUUUUCAGA